AAGCAGUGUCAGUGAUUGCUUUGACUGACUGCCUCUAUGGUUGCAUUUGCUGCGCAGUUAACGUAGUUGGCUAGUUUCUGUUUUCGAAUUGAGCAAAAUGGCAGCUAGUGUGUUAGCCCGACCCGAUCCAUUCGACUGUCGCAACGGUGACUUCGAUUACUAUCUGGAGCAGUUCGAACACUUUUUGGUGCUGAACGGGAUCGACGACGAAAGCAAAAAGAUACCGCUGUUCAUCACCCUUAUCGGUCAGGACGCUUACAAGAUACUGAAAGAAAGCUGUUUACCGGCUGAUCCGAAGGACAAAACGUUCGAGGAACUGAAAACAAUACUGUUGCAGUAUUUUGCACGUAGGCAGUUUUACAGUAGACACCAGAGACCAGGUGAGCAACUUGGAGCAUUUAUCAACGAUGUGAAGAGACUUUCGCUCAAGUGCGACUUUGGUCCGUUUGCGAAGGAAGCUCUACGCGAUAGAAUAGCCUGUGGAAAGAUACCGGAUGACACCAGUGAUAAGAAACCGUCCGGUAGUACUGCGCAAGCCAAACCGGUUCCACCGGCGAAGACCGCAGAGGUGAAACCAAAACCACCUAAAAAAACUGAUGAAGUCAGCAAAUCGAAGCAAGUUUCAAUACCAACCAGCACCAAACAGAGGGGACAAAAAACCGCUGAACCAAAAGAACAUAGGUGUAAAAUCUGUGGUCAUGAUGGUCACAAAGAAGCUGACUGUGCGCAUAAGGAUGCCUCUUGCUAUCUGUGUCGCAAAAAGGGACACAUUGCGUCCGUGUGUCGCGAGAAGAAUAAGCAAGCCGGACAACAACCGGUACAGGUGCAUGUUCACGUGCAGCAGAAUACGGCGAUGAAAAACUAGGCAUUAAGCCUUACUGCUUCCGGUCCGACGGUGGUAAAAACAAGCGGUAGUUUCAAGGGCAUUUAGUUUUGAAUGGAUUCCAGAUAAGCUUUUUAUCGUUUAGACAUUCAAGUGAUUUGAUAGGAAUUCGUGACUCCAUGGUAAUACCUUUGCGAUGUGUUUUUGGUACGUGUGAAUGUGUUGGAGUGGUUAUCAGGCACUAGUUACGGAGAUAAGGAUAAUAAACACAUCAAUUCAGAAGUUGAUCUGCUGCGUUAAAAUUUGAUUCCCAGCAAACUUAACAUCUGACAAUCUGUUAUAAUUGUUGAGUAUUCUGGUAAACAUAAAAACACAAAUAUCAUAUGGUUAAAACAUAAAAGAUUAAAGUUAAUUUGAAGUGAAAAAAAAUAUGACGGACAGUUGCAUAGCUGGAACCAGUUCCACUAGAAAUAUAUUAAAGACAAACCCAGUAUUGCAAUCAUUAUUAUCAAUUUAAACCCAAUAAAGAUAACUGGAUGAACGUUUUCCUGGUUUUAUUUUAAUGUUACACGCAGCGAAAAAAAUGUAAAAUUAACCAAAUUUGGGUUUUUUUAUUGAAAUAGUUACAAAAUGAAAUCUGGUUUGAUAUAGCAAAAAGGGCUGCUUGCUCACUAAAAAUAAUAAUAAAAAAAAUUAUCAUUUUUCAGAAUUAUCGGUAAACAAAAUAUAUUCAAAUGUUCUGCAUGAU